AUGGUAUAUUUAUUUCGAAAUAUUACAUAGUUUUUAACAAUAUUUGACUAAUAAUCAUUUCAAAAUGUCGAUGAGGUUGCAUUCUCUCUCUCCCCCUUAUUUUUCAGAUUUUUGAUUUAAUUUCCAUCAUUUUAUUUUAAUUUAUUUUUGUGAUAUUAUCUAUAUUUUCUUUGGAAUAUUUUGUAGGCCUUGAGUCUUUUUUUAAUGAUGAACAUGGGAACACAUAAAAAAUUAAAUAUUUAGAGCUCAAGCAAUUUGGAAGAUUUAAAGCACAUAGGAGAUUAUUUUAUUUUUUUUAUUUUCUAUUUAAUUUUAUUUUAAUAAAUUAUUUAGAAUGAAAAAAAAUCACAUUGAGAUUUAUCAUUAUCUUUAUAGACAACCUGAAUUCAUCCAAUUUUUAUUUUUAUUUUUAUUUUGAUACAUUUAUAAAUAUUUGAAAUUUGAUCAUUUUGUUUAGAACUAUUGAAGUGAUAUCAAUUAUCUUAGUAGUUCUUUCCUUUUAGCCGUUUUCACCCAUUCUAUGAUAUUCAUUUCUUGUCCAUUCAUUUCAUCUUCAAAAGACAUGAAGGCAUAAAAUGAGAUUAUUACUAUAGAAAAUCUAUUAUUGACUUUUAAUUUCUCAUCACUUGGAAGUUUGUUGAGCAAUUUAUGUCUUCAUAUGCGUCUAAUACUUGAGUAUCUGCAUCCAUUGUUCUUCAGAACUGCACCCAUUGAUUCUCCUAGUUUAGUGCUAGUUAAUUUCUUAUUACUGUCUAUUAGAGAUGUUCAAUCAACCCAGAUGAUGUUUCUUUUUUCCUUAAUAUCCUGAAUCAAAUAUAAAGUCCAACAAAUACAUGUCAUGUACUCCCCCUUGAUGAUUCCUGAAUUAAGAUCAUCUAUAUUUAGAAUCUAUAUCUUGAGAUGAACAACACAUAAGCACACAUCAUCUCUCUCUCUCUCUACUCUCUCUCUACUCUCUCUCUACUGAUCUCACCACCCAAUUUCUAGUUUGAGGAUUAUUUCUUUUGAUAGAUACUCCACAAUCAACUCUGUUCAUCUGAUAUGCUGCUUAACAUCCAUCCAAUGGCAGGUGUACCACUCAAGCUUCGUCAAUGAUGACGGCGUCAAGAAAGCAUUUGAAUGCCCUCUCCUUCAUCUGAAAACCCACAUCAAAGGCCUCGCUCCGGGCGCUGACCGAGUAAGGAGGGGAUCUUACGGCAGCUGUUCUCACUCCUCCCGUUGACUUUCAAACGCCAUUGACAUUGUGGUGGAAGCCAUUAUCUUCUUCCUGGCGAAGGUCUUAUUCAAGCACUUUAACGUGCAGAGCUCGGCCGACAAGCUCCCCAAAGCUCCCCGUCCACCUGACACUGUACAUUAACGUGACACUGACGUGGCUCGAGGGCUACUGAACCCUAACCGAGGGCAGCAAGGCCAUCAUCAACCUCGGCCUGGAGACCGUACCUGUCCCCGUAGAACAGGGCUUCCCCUUCAGCGGCCUGUUCACUCCUCAGUCCAAGAACGAAGCAUGCUCUCUCACUCUCUCUCUCUCUCUCUCUCUCUCUCUUUCUAAACAGUGUCUGAUAAUUGUGGGUUGAAAGUGAGGAGGGGGAGGGGUGGGGGUCUUUUUUUUGCAGAGUUAUUGAGGAAUUAUCUGAAGCAGAUCAGGGAGGAGACGAGCGGGAAGUUGCUGAGCUGCGUCUACAGGCAUAACGGCACGCCCAACAAAUGGUGGCUCACCCUCGCCAAGAGGACCUUCAUGGACAUGGCCAUCCCCCAGCCAGCCCCCUCGCUGAAACCAGAGCCCCCCCCCCCCCUCUCUCUCUCUCUCUCUGUUUCUCUCUCUGGAGUUUCUGUCUCUAACAGGGAGGUAAAACUAUUGAUUUGGGUUGGUUCAUACGUUCUCGUCGGCGUCGGCGCCGCCUGGUUUUCCCAGCCGGGAUUUCUGCAGGGAAGAAAGCGCCUCCCGAGGCCUACCGGGUGA